ACCACGAGUGUAGAUCGUGCAAGUAUUAAAAGCAAGCGAGACAGACUGAGAAAGAGGGAGCUAGGGCGAAUGGAUGCGCUGAAGAAGGGAUGGUUCUCGGAGCUGCACAAUCUUUGGCCGGGGCAGUCCAUGUCGCUGGAGGUGGAGGAGGUGCUGCACGCGGAGAAGACCCAGUUCCAAGAUAUCCUCAUAUUUCAGAGUAAGACGUACGGACGUGUGCUGGCACUGGAUGGAGUCAUUCAGUGUACAGACAGAGACGAGUGUUCGUACCAGGAAAUGAUGGCUCAUCUCCCUCUCUGCUCACACCCCAACCCCUCCAAGGUGUUGGUGGUUGGUGGAGGAGAUGGAGGAGUAGUGAGAGAGGUUGCCAAGCACAGCUGUGUGGAGGAGAUCCACCUCUGCGAGAUUGACCAGCGAGUUGUGGAGCUGAGCAAGCAGUACCUGCCGCAGUUGUCCUGCGGGUUCUCUGACAGUCGAGUGGCAGUUCACUACCAGGACGGAGCAGAGUUUAUGACUCAACACCCGUCCCAGUUUGACGUCAUAAUUACAGACUCCUCUGACCCCAUUGGUCCUGCAGAGUGUCUGUUUGAGCAGCCGUACUAUGAGAAGAUGAAGAAGGCCCUCAGGCCAGGAGGAGUCCUGUGUGCACAGGGGGAGUGUAUCUGGCUGGAUCUGGAGCUGAUCCAGAGAGUGGCCCAACACAGUAGAGCCAUGUUCCCUGUGGUGAGAUUUGCCUUCUCCUCGGUACCCACGUACCCGUGUGGCACCAUCGGCUACCUCCUGGCCAGUACUAAUGAGGCAACAGUGUUUGAGAGUCCAGUCCGUGUCCUCUCAGAGUCCCAAGUGGAGCUGAUGAACCUCAAUUUCUACAACAGUGACAUCCACAGAGCUUCUUUUGCCCUGCCUCAGUUUGUCAAGAAGGUUCUCCAGCCCACUAGCUGAGGAUGCACAAAACUGAUGACCUCAAAUCUAUGGUGUCUGCUAAAUGAACUGUUUUUUGUGAAUUUUUUUGACUGUGUUGUAUUAUGACGUGAAACUUUAUUAUUAUUUGGCAGGAAGGU